UCUGCCACUAAUCCAAACUCUGCAGUGAAUGGCUGUCCUUGUUACACGCCAUCACUCUACAUUCACCACACCAACUCACCAAUUGGCUGCUACUAUCUUCUAAAACCCUCGUUCCCUCUCCCUUCUCAACUCCACAAUGGCAACUCUUCAGUCUAUGGCAUGGGCCUCUCCUGUCUCUUAUUCUUUGCUUAAGCAACUGCGGUCUCUCUCAGGAAUACCGGUUUGGGUUGUUCACCGGAGUGGGAAUUCGCUAUUCAAUGGGCAAUCUUUACAUGUGGCUCCUUCACGGCAUUCGCCAACGAGAUGGAACUCCAAGAAAUAUGGACCCAUAACAAUGAUGGUCAAACCAAAAAUUCAGUUCAUUCAAGGAACUGAUGAACAGACAAUACCAGAUGUGAGGUUAACCAAGUCAAGAGAUGGCACAAACGGUGUUGCUAUAUUCAGAUUUGAUCAACCCUCCGUUUUUGACUCAUCGGGUGAAGUUGGUGAAAUUACUGGCUUUUACAUGAUUGAUGAGGAAGGAGUUCUUCAGUCAGUUGAUGUGAAUGCAAAAUUUGUAAAUGGGAAGCCUGCAGGAAUUGAAGCAAAGUAUGUAAUGCGAUCUCCCCGAGAGUGGGACAGGUUCAUGAGAUUCAUGGAACGGUAUUCUAAUGAAAACGGUUUGCAAUUCAUCAAAAAAUGAGGCAAUGUAUAUUCUUCUCUCGUAUUACUCUUCAUUUCCACCGGAUUAAUUUCCUGAUUGGUGUUAUUUAAUUUUUGUUUUAAGUGUAACUUGAAAUCUCAUGUAGGUUUUAUGCAAAUGCCUUGUUGCUUCCUUCUAACCAACAAAGUUUUGCGUUUUCCUUUUCUAUCUUCCAAUUGUUUACUUCAUUUUUUUGUUUGCCAAGAUGACUGCUACUUCCAUUGAUGAAUUACUCUGAUUAUGUCUUGGUAAGUAAAGAGCGAAACCCGCUUACACUAAACAGCCUCUAGGCCCUGCAGUUCCCAAAAUAUCAUCUUUCAUCAGUCUAUUUAAAACGAUAGGAGAAGACAAUAACUUAGCUAAAUUUGCCAGAAAAUCCGCAGUGGUUGACCUCCUGAUAUAUAUAGACAAGAGAACAAUCCAAAUGCAAUUGGAGAAGCUGAUUUGUAAUACAUAAUAGAGAGGAUCAGUAUCAUGCAGAGGAUUAGUAUUAUGUUAUUGAAUGUUGAUAUCUGAUAAAAGAAGUUACGAGGGUCA